AUGCUCAAGAAAGAGUAUGUCCCAGUAACUCCUCCAGGUGACCAGCCCAUCCCUGCCAAGGUCGUCUCUCCCGCCCCUGCUCCUGCCUCUCCAGUCGCUGCUGUCCCACAAGCCCAAGGCUCUCCCGUCAACAACAACUACAACCACCAACACAACAACAACAACAACAACAACCAAGGACUCAACAGAAGCUCAUCCUCCCUCGAGACCACUGCCAUCAAUGGCUCACCUCAGCAACAGUAUCCACAACAGCAGCAGCAACAGCAGCAAAACCAGUAUAUCCCUCCUCCUCCGCAACAGCAUUCGCCUCACCAGCAACAGCAAUACCAUCACCAACUGCAACAACAGCAACAACAGCAGCAGCAACAACAACACGUCGCCAACAACAGCAACGUUGAUAUGAGCAGGACAUCCCCUCAACAGCACUACCAACACAACAUUAUGACCGACACCAUGACCACCAACACCGCCUCGUCGACCAACACCAACACGUCCGUCUAUACCGCGCAGACUCAUACCAGCAACAACAACAGCAACUCGGAUCAAUUCAGGGGAUCAUCACCUGUUGCAAGAGGAACAACAGCAGCAGGAACUCCAGCAGCAGCAGUGGAAGUCGUCCCUCAGCAACAGCAACGGCAACAGCAGCAGCAGCAAUUGGCAAGAGGCGCUUCCUUUGAACAUACUCCCGCCGCCGCGUCUGCUGUUGGCGGUAGAGGAUCUCCCAUUGUCGAGGCCGUCAACCGAGGUUCUCCCUUUGAACCACAGCAGCAACACAGAGGAGGGUCUCCCGUGGUCGAGAUGAACAAUAUCUUCAACAGGGGUGCUGCCAGUCCAUUUGAGCAUACACAGCAGCAGCAGCAACAACAGUUUCAACAGCAGCAGCACGGACGUGGCGUUGGGUCUCCUGUCGAUGGCAACAGGGGGUCGCCUUUUGAGAACGCAAGAGGAUCACCUGUGGACUAUCUCUAUCGCCAACCCCAGCAACCCCAACACCAACAACAGCAGCAGCAACAGGCGUCUCAGCAACAACAACCUCAACAGCAUCAGCAUCAGACGCCUCAACAGUACCAUCAAGGCUCUCCUUUUGAACACUCAAAGUCGGUGCCGUUUGAGGCCAUUGGUCGGGGGUCUCCUUUGGAGGUACCCAAGGUUGCGUUUUUUGAUGCCGCACAACAACAACAACGAGUCUCUCCUGCCCCUGCUCCCGUCGUUUCUGAAGACAACAACAACGUCAGCCAUAAGACUCCCAUCAACUCCAACGAGAGUGGCGAUAAGACCUCCUUGCCACGCAACAUCAAUGCUCACACUUUCAACAACCGCAAUGUCAAUGGUCACACCAGCAACAACAAUGUGCAGCAUCCCACGCCAGUCCCUGCUCCCACUCUCGUCAACAACAACACCAACAACAACCAGCAUGACGUUAUCCACCAACAAGCUCAGGCUGCUCUGGAGGCAAUGCGGAUCUCGCCUAAUGUCAACAACAUCAACAACAAUGCUGCAACAGCAGCAGCUGUCGCAGCAGCCUUUGCCCCUACCAUUAUCCCUGCGCCAGCCCCUGCCCCUGUUGUCAUUGUCAGACAGGUGGCGGCACCAAUCCCACCACUGCCAGUACCAGCACCCCUCCAGGCCACGAUCCAACCACCUGUCCAACCACCUGUCCAGGCCCAACAGGCACAGUACCACCAAUUCCAGCAGCAGCAGAGUCCGUCGGGGCCGAUUCCGGCACUGCAGGCGCUACAGGCUCACCAAGCUCAGCAGCUCCACCAGUUCCACUUGACUGCUCAGCAAAACUCGCCUCCUCAGCAAAAGAAGCAGCAGCAACCAUCCCCUCCUCCUCAGCAACAACAACAGCAGCAGCAACCUCAGUUCCAGCAGCAGCAGCAGCAGCAGCAGCAAUUCCCACAGCCGUUGCACCCAUCGCCACCCCAGCAGCAACAUCAGGCUCAGUUCCAGCAACAGCAACAGCAACAGCAACAGCAACAGCAACAGCAACAGCAACAGCAACAGCAACAGCAACAGCAACAGCAGCACCAUCAAUCUCAACCUCAACCUCAACCUCAACAGCAGCAGCAGUACCAGCCUCAGAACCACCAACAACAGUACCAACCUCAGCAGGCUCAGCAACCUCAGCAGGCUCAGCAACCUCAGCAGGCUCAGCAGGCUCAGCAGCAUCAAAUCCAGCAACUCCAGGCUCAGCAACCUCAGCAGGCUCAGCAGCAUCAAAUCCAGCAACCCCAGGCUCAGCAACCUCAUCAACCUCAGCAGCAUCACCCUCAGGUGUAUCCUCAACAGCAGCAACAGCAUUACCAACAGCAACAGCAGCAGCAACAGCAACAGCGGUCGCCUGUGCAGAUGGUCAAGGUGAACGUCCAGUUUGAGCAGGUGCGAGUUGGAUCCCCUAACGAGAUUCAGCCCGGUUCACCUCUGCAGGCGGUUGUCAAGGGGUUCCAGACGAUUGAGCGACAUGUGGACGAGCGGCUCGAGAACGAGACGGAAGAGACGCUCAAUGCAAAGAUCAAAGCCGACAUUGUGGUUAUGUGCCAGGAACGAGGUCUACCGGACGAGGGUGACAAGAAGACUUUGAUCCAGGCACUCUUGGAUUGGCAAAAGGCAAAGCCGAUUCCAGGUCCCUCAACACCAAAAUUAUGCUCCGUCGAACCAGCAGGCGCGGCGGCGAACAAGAAGGGCGCCUUACCUAUCAACACCGUCCACCUGAACUCGCUCUUGUUGGACGGGAACUUCCAAGGCGAGAUUGCCUAUGAGCAGCUGGUUGUUGGACGCAAGUUGGGAUCUGGAGGAUUCAAGGAUUGCUAUGCUGGAACAUACUUGGGUGAGGCAGUGGCGAUUGGAGAGUUGCGUGUGCAGAACUUUACAGAGAUGGAUAUCACGGAAAUGAAGCAUGAGAUCAACGUCUUGAAGCAACUUCGACACGAGAAUAUCAUUCGCUUCAUUGGAGUGUGCACCAACGUCAAACACCUUUGCAUCGUCACAGAAUUGUGCGAGAAUGGCGAUUUGUAUGAUUUUAUGCGAAAGGCCAAGAAGCCAUCUUUCGGACGCCUGAUCAUGUAUAUGCACGAUAUUGCGCUUGCAUGCUCGUACUUGCACACUCGCCGACCCAGCAUCAUUCACAGAGAUAUGAAAUCUAUGAACGUGCUGAUCUCCUCGGACGACAGGGCUAAGAUUAACGACUUUGGACUGGCACGUAUCAGGCCAAGAGCCAAUGCUUCAUUGCACACCCAAUGUGGAACCCCCAACUGGCAAGCACCAGAGUUCUGGACACCAAACCCAAGCUACACGGAGAAGGUGGACGUGUACGCGUGUGGACUGAUCUACUGGGAGAUCCUGUCGUGGGCCGAGCUCGGAUACCCCUACCACAACCUGACAGAGCAUCAACUGUAUGAGGCUGUGCGGGAUAAGGAGGAGAGACCCCCACUGGAUAAGUUGAAAAAGUACCCUGGUUCGCUGAUUGCGUUGAUUCAGGAGAUGUGGCGCAAGGAUCCCAAGAAGCGGCCUUCGAUGUCCCAUGUCGUCGAUCGUUUGGCCGAGUAUCUUGAGUAA